AUGCUUGCGUGUCUAGCCAUGUACCUCGCAAUUACAAACAAUAAGACGGAUAUGCAGGUUGAGCAGAUCAUCACCAUGCUACCCUCAAAUCCAGAGAUUCUGGUAUUAUAUAGAGAGUUCUAUUGCCGCGUCCUUUUGACGGUGGAAAUUGCCCAGCCAGGUGAAGUGUUAUCAUCUUUCCCAUUUUCGCAAGAUUGGUCAACAAGUGUAUACACUCCCGUUCAAGAUCCCACUUUGCUGCACUUUGAUUCAUACGUCAAUAACAGUACUGGUGUGACCUGGGCGAGCUGUCCCGAUAAUGGUCCAGAUGAGUUGCCAGCAGUUGUAGAGCCUGCAUACGCCUCAUUCGUUGAAUACCGCAAACUGACACCACGACAACGAGCGCAGCUGUUAAUGAGAUGGUGCACCCAGAUGUGCGAAGCUCGCGAAGAUCUUGCACAACUCCUUACUCAUGAAACAGCUAAGCCGCUUGCAGAGUCUUAUGCAGAGCUGGAUGCGAAGCCCACCGCAUCCAAGGCGACUGUGUUCUUGGCAGCGGCUCCCGGAUGCCGCAUCUUCACGAUCAAGCAACUCAUUGGCGUGGCUAUCGCAUUGGUCCCUUGGAAUUUCCCCGUUGCGAUGGUGCUCCGUACAGCUGGGGCGGCCCUGGCCGCGGGAUGCACCUUACUCGUCAAGCCAAGUCCUGAAACGCCAAUCACGGUGUUAGCUCUUGCACAUCUGGCCGAGAAAGUAAGAUUUGGUCCCGGAGUCUGCAAUGUCCUUACCACGGGUCAAAAAAGUCUCUUUCACGGGCUCGACAAGGGUGAGCAGGUUGAUUGUGGCCCAAUGCUCACAAGGACUGAAAAUGUCACCCUUGAGCUUGGUGGAAACUGCCCCUUUAUAAUCUUUGAUGACGUGAAUUUUGACCAAGCGAUCAGUCAACUGACCGUGUUGAAGUGGCGUCAUGCCGGACAGGUGUGCAUUACAGCCAACCAGAUCUUUGUUAAAAGUGGGAUCUAUCAGAAGUUUACACAGAUGCUCAAGGAGAGAGUCAGCAGUACUCUGGUUGUCGGCCAUGGGCAGCUGCUGGAGGAAUCGUUUGCUUCGAUUGCAUCACAAUGUAAGUUUGAGACGAAGGAAGAAGCCAUGGGGCUGGCGAAUGAUAGUAGUAUGGGACUGGCGAGCUACGUCUUCACUCAAGACGUCAAUCGCUUGUGGCGGAUGUUCGAGAACCUAGAAGCUGGAAUGGCCAGCCUCAAUACGGGUAAUCAGUCUGCUUCAGAGACUCCGUUCGGCGGUAUCAAGCAAUCAGGUUAUGGCAAGGAGAGUGGUAAGAAUGUUGCAGGCAAUGAGUUUUUGGUCACCAAGAGCGCCACAUUGACACUUGAAGGUCAUUUCUGA